GCUGGAGCUGGCGACAGGUGUCCCAGUUCCAUCAUGCGGCUGCUGGCACCCCUCGCCCUCUGCCUCGGCCUCUGGGCAGAGCUCGGCGCUGCCUUCAUCCCAGGUAGAAACAGGGAUGGGGAUGGGGACAGGCACCCCUGGUGCCAGUGUGGGAUCAGCCUGGCUGCUCAUAGGGCACGGCUCAGGAGGGAGCAGGGGUACCCAGCACUGGAAUGGGCUUUGUGUCUGCCUUCUGGGGAUGUUGGACUGGUGUUGACCUAUAGGGUUGGGGUCCUGCUUUUGUUUGGGCUGGGGGAAUGGGGGUUACAAUGUGCCUGUCACUCCUUCACCCCCAUGCAUUUGUCCCUAUCCCACUUGGCAGCUGGUUUCUCCCGUUGCAUCCCUUCUUGCGGUACACCCCCUUCCUGUCAGGGUGCACUCCUCUUUGUCCUCUCUUCAUCCCAAACCCUCGCCGCGGGUUCUUGGUUUCCCCCCCGGUGGGGUUAUCCCAUGAGUGGGAGCCCAGGGAGGUCCUCAGCAUGGGGACCCCCACCACUGAGUGUCCCAGGGCAGUGGGUGCCGUGGGCUGAUGGGCAAUGCCCCUUCCCAGUGGAGGAGGAGGAUCCAUCCUUUUGGAACAGGAAGGCAGCCGCUGCCCUCGAUGCCACCCUCAAGAUUGAGCCCAGGAUGACCGAAGCCAAAAACCUCAUCAUCUUCCUCGGAGACGGAUUCGGGGUCCCCAGCAUCACAGCCACCCGGAUCCUAAAGGGGCAGCUGAACGGGAAGCUGGGACCCGAGACCCCCCUUGCUCUGGAUUCUUUUCCCUAUGUGGCUCUCUCCAAGACAUACACUGUGGACCGGGUGGUCCCCGACAGCGCGGGCACAGCCACUGCCUACCUGUGCGGGGUGAAGGGCAACUACAAGACGGUGGGGGUGAGCGCGGCUGCACGCUACGGCCAGUGCAACACCACAGCGGGCAACGAGGUGAUCUCGGUGCUGGAGCGAGCCCGUAAUGCUGGGAAGGCAGUGGGCAUCGUGACGACCUCACGGGUGCAGCACGCAUCGCCCUCGGGGACCUAUGCGCACGUGGUGGAUCGCAACUGGUACGCGGAUGCCAGCAUGCCGGCCGAGGCCUUACAGCAGGGCUGCAAGGACAUCGCCUGGCAGCUGGUGCACAACGUGGACAUCAACGUGAUCAUGGGAGGCGGUCGGAUAUACAUGACCCCCACGGGGACGCCGGACCCCGAGUAUCCUGAAUACAGCUCCGAGAAUGGGAUACGGAAUGACGGGCAGAACCUCAUCGACAAGUGGCUGUCAGAACGGCCGGGUGCCCGCUACGUCUGGAACAAGACUGAGAUGCUGGAUGCUGCUGCGGACCCCAGUGUGACUUAUCUGAUGGGUCUCUUCGAGCCCAUGGACAUGAAGUACGAAAUGGUGCACAAUUCCACCCUGGAUCCCUCUCUCACUGAGAUGACGGAGGCAGCGAUCACCAUCCUGAAGAGGAACCCCAAUGGCUUCUACCUCUUUGUAGAAGGUGGGAGGAUUGACCACGGCCACCACGAGGGCAUGGCCCAGCGGGCGCUGACGGAGGCAGUGGAGUUUGACUCGGCCAUUGAGCGGGCGGGAGAGCUGCUGGAUGAGGCGGACACGCUGACCGUGGUCACUGCUGACCAUUCACACGUCUUCUCCUUCGGCGGCUACCUCCUGCGUGGCACCUCCAUCUUCGGCCUGGCCCCUCUGAAAGCUACUGACCAGAAGAGCUACACCUCCAUCCUCUAUGGGAAUGGGCCGGGCUACCCAGGUGCCACCCGGCCUGAUGUGAACGAGAGCAUUGCCGCGGAUUUCAGUUACAUGCAGCAGGCGGCCGUCCCCCUCAGCUCAGAGAGCCACGGGGGCGAGGACGUGGCCAUCCUGGCCAAAGGCCCCAUGGCCUACCUCUUCCAUGGGGUGCAGGAGCAGAACUACAUCGCCCACGCCAUGGCCUACGCUGCCUGCCUCGAGCCCUACAAAGACUGCCGCCAGCGCAUCAAUGCUGCACCCUCAGCCCACCUCACCCCACUGGCACUGCUCCUGCCUGCUUUGCUCUUAUCCCUCUUCCACUGACCCCAUAGCUUCCAUUCCCAUCCCAUGGUGCACGCCCAUGGACAGCGGCUCUUUGGAGCAUCCCUGCUCUGGAUGUGGUGCACCAAAUCCCGGGCGUGGGGUGGUCCUCGCUGCCUGCACAGGAUGCUGUCUGUUCAAUAAACCUUGCUGUGAUGCUGGUAGAA